AUGACAGAAGGCAGCAAGCAUGUUGACAAUUCACCUCAAGAACCGCGAGAACUAAGAGAAUAUUGGCACAUUGACCAAAGCCAGGGAGGUCAUUACACAAUACCUGGCACAGUGGAUGGUGAAAGGAACAUCACAGCCCUGGGUUCGACAGGAUGCCGAACCUGCGUGUGCGUGUUCGUCGAGCUGAGUAAUCGCACAUGUUUCGCAGCUCACAUCUCGGCAAUUGAUCACGCUGCGGACGUCAGAGCAGUCGAGGAUCCCACUCAUGAGCAGAGAGUGAAGGACAACCGAGCGCGGGCUGUGCCUGACGCAUCAAAGGCGCAGGAGCUCAUGGAGAUGAUCUUGAAGAACCUUCGCGAGAUACCGUCCCUUUCUCAUAAAGUCAGGGAUGGGAAAUUCGUUGGAAACGUUGGGCGUGCGAUUGUGGUAUGCCCGAUGAAGAUCUGGGGAGGAGAACGGGCCCAUGGGUCGUACAUCAUUCAAGCACUCGAGCAGUUCUUUGGGGUCUCGAUGGGAAAUCGACGAGGACAUGGUUUCAUCGCAAUUCCUGGAGCGGAUGGAUGGUCUUUGCAGGUCUUGGGUUGGAAAAAUGGAUAUCCUGGUCCUUCGGAGGAUGACACCGAUUUUUAUGAUUGGAGGCACCACGAGGAAACUCCCGAGGAAUAUGGGUGGACGCGGUCACAUUCAUGUGAAGAUCCGCCACUUGGUGGUCAGUGGGCGUUUGCAUUUGCCAGAGCAGGCAUGUGGGUGCACUAUUACGACCGGGAUUAA